AUGUUCCACCAAGAGCCUCUCAAGUGGGAUGUCGUCGACUCGUACUGUGUCGAGCCAGUCCGCGUCGUAGUCGAGGACGAGGGUGCAACCAUCGUCCGUAUGGCUUCAAGUGAGAUUGUUGGCAACUACGUGUUCGACAUGGCUCCUGCCCCAGCACAUUCUCAACCUGCUGGUCCAGCCCGCAGGUCGUCUGGCUCGUCCUCAAAGCAUCAACCAUCUCCACCAUCAUCGCGACGUGGCAGCAUACCCCAAUCCUCGCGCACCCAAGACGGCUCACGAGCUCCUUUACGACACCAGAAUGCGGACAGCCGAGCAGUGCCUCAAGAUGGUGCUCCACAAUUGCAGCGUACCACCUCACCCGAGGCUACUUUGCCUCCUUCCGAUGCCGAACACUACACCCGCCACUCUGAAGGGCACACCCACGCGACGGGCGACCACGCGAGCACGAGUCAUGUUAAAUCCAACUCGCCAAAGCUCACGCGACUGUCAUCCGCUCUCUCCUUCUUCCGUACAAACCGUCGUUCGUCGACACCCUCAACAGACUCGGACCACGAAUCGCAUUCGGGCACAUCUGAUGGCGAGUCAGACUCGAGUAUGCGUUCCUGGACGAACCAGCUCCGCAUUCGCUCGCGUGCUCCCCAGGCUGUCGCUCCACCACCUCGCCCGGCUUACAAGAAGUCGGACCUGAAGAAGGCACUCAUCUUUGCGCGAGGUGAGAUCGUCAAGCAGGUGGAAGCUUCCGGAAAGAAUGCUCUGAUAGUCGAAGGAUGGGCCGUUACGGUGCUUCGACAAGGUUCUCGCUAUCGACUUCAGAUCGAAUACACUGCCCGCCCAGCGGUCGUCAGCUAUCCAGAUCAGCCACGCCUCAGAAGGCCACCUUAUCUCGAGGUCAUUGACUCGUAA